AUGAAAACCAUCCAACAAAUUUUACCAAGCCUCGGCGUUCUCUCGCUCUUGUCGGUCGUCAAUGCUUCUCUAUACAACGAAAUCAUUGAAGUUCCAGGAGGCCAGGUGACUGGUGCUUCUGCAUUCAAUGAAAGCUCGGCCCCCUCUUACAUCCCCAAUUGGAGGAACAUCUCUACUUGGAAAGGAAUCCCCUACGCCGGAGAUCCUAGUUCCGAGAAUCGUUGGAAACCUCCCCAGCCUGUGGAGCCUUGGAAUGGAACCCUCAAAGCGACUUCGUUCGGCCUGACCUGCCCCAGCGACAGCACUGGUGACGAUAUUGGGGAGGACUGCUUAACCAUCAAUAUCUGGAGCCCUGCAACCUCACCCAAUGCUGGGCUUCCUGUUAUGAUCUGGUCAUAUGCUGGAGGGGAAGGUUCCAGUUCCAGCAUCUAUGAUGGUGCAGGGAUGGCUGGUAAGGGGGUUGUCUUUGUCAGCUAUAAUUAUCGCGUCGGUCCUCUAGCGUGGCUCGCUUUGCCUGAGCUUGCCGAGGAGUCUGCCAACAAUGCUACCAGCAAUUACGGCUUACUGGAUGGAACAAAAGCCCUGAAGUGGGUGUAUGAGAACAUUGCCUCUUUUGGAGGUGACCCGGAGUCAAUUGUGCUGGCAGGCCACUCCUUCGGAUCUGGAAUGUCCUAUCACCUGAUGAACAGCUUUGAAACUAAGGGUUUGAUCAAAGGUGUCAUCGCCAUGUCCGGCAUCAAGGAUCCGUACGAUCCUAAUAUUUGGGGAUAUGGCAGCGACUAUCGCAAUUUGACCUGGGCCACAAAUUUUAGUACAACCUAUGCUGCCUCGCUUAAUGCUACCAAUGUGGCAGACCUAAGAGCUCUCAGCCUCGAAGAUAUUUUGUCAGGAACAGGCACGAGCGAGCUCAUUGGCUUUGAUCCUGUUCUCAACUACCACUCUAUCCCCAAUACAUAUCUGGAAAGUGUCGAGAAUGGAGCUCCCAAUAACGUUCCAGUCAUGGUUGGUAACGCUUAUGACGAGGACGGUAUUUCUCUUUCCACCAACUACACUGUGGCCGAAUAUGAGUCUUUGCUGGAUUCCACCUAUGGGCCAUACGCAAAAGAACUUCUCGCUCAUUACCCUGCUAAUACCACCGCAGAGGCCACUACAAACUACUUCAACUUGCUUCGGGGUGGCUAUUGCACCUCUACCUGGUCUUGGGCUGAGCGUUUUAGCAAAUCAUCGGACAAAGACCUGUUUUUCUAUCUUUGGAACCAUGUUCCCCCUGGCGAGCUUGGCGCUACUCACGGCUCUGAGGUUCCGUACGCCCUCGGAAACCUUUACGCUCAGACUUCUUACAACUAUACCGAUGUGGACUAUGCGGUAGCCGACUUGAUGUCCUCUUAUUGGGCCAAUUUUGUCAAGACUCGGAACCCAAAUCAAGGGGGCUCAUUCACCAAUACUACUGGCACGCUUCCUUAUUGGUCCGCGAAUGUUCCUGCCGAAAACUCUAAUUUCUGGGUAGGAUCUGGUUGGAAACAAGUCCCUGUUGCAGCAGAGGCCAUAAUGCAGCUUCAACUUGAGUAUUUCAAAUGGGCGACUCCAGUGGCAUUUUAAGCUAGC